AAAAAGGGCUCCCAGUUGAACGACAGCCCGAACUGGAGACAACCAGUUUUAUUUUACAACUGGAAUUCCCACGCAGCGCACAGGAUGCAUUAGCAGCGGGGAAAACACUAAUGACCAGGGACCGGCUAGAGCUUGUCAGGGUUGUCGUAAACGGCUUAAUGCGAAAGUCAUCGCGGCCCUCGAGAGACUGCGCCAGGUGUGUGGCCGAAGGACUUGUAAAGAUGUUUCCGGCAUCACUAGAGGAUCGAGGGAUUGACGGACAGAAGAUGGGCACAGGGUAUGAUUCGCUUCUCUAUCAACUAGAAAACCGGAUCGAAAACCUAAGCCGGGGAAAGCGGUUGUCAGCUCCUGAAGCAGAAGAAUUUCGCCCAAAGAGAAAAAGUUCUAAAUCCUCGUAUGGCUGCUUGAAUUGGCAACUCCAGUUGUCGGGCGAGGGAGACAUUCAUGACUCAAAUGAAAGCAAGGAGUGGAUGAAGAGAGAAGCGCACAAGGCAACGAAGGACCUCGAUUUGUCCCGGGCAAUGGAACUUUCAACAGCUACGUAUGGCGAUCAAAGAGCAUAUAUCAACAGUGUGAAUCCCAUACACUCUGCGAGGGACGUGAAGGAGGAGUGGCCUCUCCUUUUUUAUAAACCCAUGUUUUAUGCACAUGUGAAGACCCUGCUGGGAAAGGACAUGCUUGUGAGCAACUUGCCUUCUAUUAAUUUUACUCAUGAUCUUCAAAAACAGCUAUUCAAUAGCAAAUAG